AUUGUUGUUGUUUUUUCCGCCCCGUUUUUUCGCUUCCUCGGGCUUGUCCCGGUUUUUUUUUCCCUGUCCUGUGUUCGUUUUGAUCUGAGGAAAUCGGCUAUUUUGCCAUGUUUCCUGCGUAUGGAUUGCCUGUGCCAGAGUAGGCGAACAAAGCGCAUCAAGUCUCUCCAGAGAACUGGUUCUUCUCAGAACCCCGGAUUUUUUUGCUCAGUGAGUAAACUCUGGAUAAUCUUCGCGCAUCGUCGACGGGGUAUUUUUUUCCCCUCGUUGAAAGGUUUCCCUGUUUCUAAUACACGGAUAGACUGCUCUCAAAGAUGGAUAGGAUAAGCGUUUUUUUUAGCCAGACGGAUUGGCAUUUUAAUUUAGGAAACACCCGCUCCCACUGCUGGACAGAAAUAAUGGCAUGAUUUUGGAUAGCACCGGACGCGUUGUUGGUUUCCUGGGAGUUGAUGCUCAGAUUGAACAGAACAGUCCUCCAAGAGCAGUCGUUUCAUUUCCCUAGACUCGAAAACACCCCCGUCUCUAGAAAAUCCUGUGAGAUCGCCACUGAAAUGGAGCACACCGGGAUCGAGGAGGUGAGCCAGACACACCAGCAGCAGCAUGAACCCAUCAGCUUCGGAAUCGACCAAAUCCUCAACAGCUCGGACCAGUCCAGCGGCUGCAUGCUGCCCAACCGGACCGGCGACCCGGAUUACGCGCUGGCCCCCAACGUGUACAGCAACGGCUACAACAGCGUCUACAACCCGGCCUGCUCCUACAACGUCAACAUGAACAUGAACGUCAGCAUGAACAUGAACGUAAACGUGAACUCCGGGAACUCGGGCGGGGUGAUCCGGGUGCCGGCGCACAGACCCAUGCCGCCCCCGCCUCCACCGUCGGCCGCUGCCGCGCCUCAUCCGCCCCCCGGAAUCCCCGCUGUGCACGGGAUGGGGAUGGGGAACCCGGCGAACUUCACCUUCCCGUGGAUUGAGAGCAGUAGGAGGUUUGCCAAGGACAGACUAACAGGGGAGGAGGCAGAGGAGAGCCGAGCUGGGGAGGCCACAGGGGGGCCGGAGGCUGCCGGGUCCCUCUGUCCUCUCCCCAAGGGAGACAUCGGCAGAGUCCCUGUCUGGAGCACGGUGGAGACAUUAGCCAAAUGCUAUUACCCCGAGCUCGCUCACCUGCGAGACAGCAAUGGCCUUCUGGCAGACUAUCCUUUUCCAAAGGGGGCUUGCCCAGCCGCCCUCUCGCCCUUCUCCGUGACCCGCCGCAUCGGCCACCCGUACCAGAACCGGACGCCGCCCAAGAGAAAAAAGCCCCGCACGUCCUUCAGCCGCGUGCAGAUCUGCGAGCUGGAGAAACGCUUCCACCGGCAGAAGUACCUGGCGUCGGCUGAGCGGGCCACGCUGGCGAAGGCCCUCAAGAUGACCGACGCACAAGUCAAGACCUGGUUUCAGAACAGACGGACAAAAUGGCGAAGGCAAACUGCAGAAGAAAGAGAGGCCGAGAGGCAGCAGGCCAACCGGCUGAUGUUGCAGCUUCAGCAGGAGGCUUUCCAGAAGACGUUGAGCCAGCCGCUGCAGCCGGAUCCCCUCUGCCUGCAUAACUCCUCCCUCUACGCCCUGCAGAACUUGCAGCCUUGGGCAGAAGACAAUAAGGUGACCUCCGUCACCUCUGUGGCUUCUGUGGUGUGA